AUGGCAGAAGGCCCCGGAUCCAGUCGCAGUCUCGAGGGGCCCAAAGUCACAGAGGACCACAUUUUUCCGGAUGCUGAUGCCGCAAUGGAAGAACCCGCGCCGCCAGUUUUCAUCCGCAAACUCCGUAAAGCCGCGGUGGGAACAAGUUGUGACAUCCGACUGAGGGUGUCAGUGGCCGGAUAUCCCAAACCUUCGCUGGCCUGGUACCACAACGAUGAGCCACUGCCCCCAUCUGAAGCCCAGGACUCAGGCGGGCUGUGGAUUCGGGACUGCCGCAUGAGCGACGCCGGCUUGUACACGUGCGCGGCGACCAAUGAGCUGGGAGAAGCAAGCUGCAGCGCUGUCUUGGCCAUUAUGGACCUCGGCGAAGACUCUGAGACCACAGAAGAUGAGGCCACAGAACCUCAGAUGGAAACCAAAGAAGGGCCCGGAAGGCACCAAGACAAGGCUGGACGGAGAGGACCUUCAGGUGAGGGAGGCGGGAUGAUGGACUAUAACCCCGACGCGUCAGACCGCAGGGCCACCCUCCCCGGUGCCUACGACCCCGUGGUGGAGCGAGAGCUCCGCGCUCUGGGCUCCCGCCCGCCGGGGCUCCACUUGGACCCCGCAAACCCUGCCAGGACUCAAACCGCCGGCGAAUCACAGGGGCUCUCCUCCCGUGUCCCCCCGUCUUCUCCCCAUCCACCUCCCAGUGCGCACAAAGACCAAGACCCGGAUAAAACCAAACCGUCAGAUCCCCGAUCUUUUCAGACAUCGAGCGUAAACAGUGUUGUCAUGACACCCAAACUGGCUCGCGCAGGGCCCAAGAUCUUUGACAAGGUCCUCGCUUUUGAGGAGCGGAGGGCGAGCGCCGACCCGCCGCCGGGGGGAGUCGGAUCUGUACCGGGAGGCCCCGUCCGACAGGAGGGCCGGGUCCUGCAGAAGCGAGCGGCGUUCAAGCAGCGAGCGUCGUCUUUAGAGGACAAGACGAGCUACUCCCAGAAGGUCCAGAGCUACCAGAGCAAGUUUGCCGAGGAGCUCCAGAGGAUCAAGAAACUCGUGGGGAAACCGAGCUUGAAGAAGGCUUACUCCACUGAGCAGCUGUCGCAGAAAGGGAGGCUCGCCACGGGGAAGCUGGAGCCCAUUCCUCCCCAAGUGGUUAAAAAGCUGGAGGCCAGGGAGCGAGCCCUGGAGGAGGGAGCGGCUCCACCGGGUCUGAGGACCAACCCCGAGAGGAGCGCGAUGACGCGGGCAGAUUCACAGGGCUCGUCACAAGGAAGCGCGGAAAAAACCUCUGUUACCAUGGAGACGGCACACGUUCGCCAGUUACCAGGGCAACCUUCGCCAACAGCCACAAGGAAAAGCCUCACCAGGGAAACUCUUCAAACCCGAGCCGACAAAAACACACUUGGUAACACGUCGUCUCCGAGGAGGGAGACGGACGACAAAGCAGAACGCAGACCGCCGAGCCCCAAUGGGAAGAGAGCGUCCCCGCGAACCGCGAGUGAACCGGGGUCCCAGUACCCGCCCAAGCCCCCCCGGCUCGCCCCAUCACCCACUCCCUCCGUCAGCCCGCUCACGAAAAGGAAGAAGGCGGAGGCGGGACGGACGUCUCCGGCCACGAGAGCGAGCAUCCCCACCAUCCUGGUGGAGGACGAACCCGCGGAGGCCGAAUGUGUCGCGGACGGGAGCCACGCGAGAAGGAAAGAGGGGAACGUUAGCCAGAAAGAAGCUAGGCGCUCCGGUGAGGAGCCGGCCGGCGCCCCGAGCUUCGAGAGGACGCUCGUGGACACGGCGGCGUCCAGCGGCUCGGAGGUCACGCUGGAGUGCAUCAUCACCGGGAGUCCGCCUCCUUCAGUGACGUGGAGGAAGCAUAACGUGGAGGUACGGAGCGACGCGUUCCACGUGGUCAAGGCGGACGGGGCGAAGCACAGCCUGACGAUCAAGCAGACGGGGCCGAGCAACGCGGGGUCGUACUGCGUCGCCGCCGUCAACGCGGCGGGCAGAGCGUCCUGCGCCGCCGCGCUCUUCAUCCAAUCAGAGCCGGCCCACGUGCAUUGUGGGAAACGAGUCGGGGCCUUGGAAGUCAGAAGGCCGAUGCAGCCGGAGGAGGAUCGGGAGGAGGCGAUGCAGCUCCGGCCGAGUAGGAGAGUCCACUUCAAAGAGACGCCCUCAUUUCAGGUGGCGCCGUGUGACCAGGAGGUGACUCAGGGGCAAGAUGUCGUCAUCUCAGCGAAGGUGGCCGGGCAGCCCAGACCCAUGGUGUACUGGUUGAAGGACAGAGUCCCGGUGAAGACGGCGGGGCGCUUCGCCGUGAGAGAGACGGGCAGCGCCAGUGAAGUGAGAAUCGGCUCGGCCCAGCGGUCGGACGCCGGGCUCUACGUCUGCAAGAUCGUCAACGAGUACGGCUGCAAGCUGGCGGAGUGCAGAGUGGAGGUCAAAGCGUCUGCAGCACCAACGGCGCUGAUAGUCACCCGGGAGGUCAAAGGCGUGGCGGUGAAGGCCGGCGAGUCGGCCACGUUCGAGUGUCACGUGACGGGACCGCCAGACGUGGACGUGGACUGGCUCUCGCACGGGAAGCUGAUCCAGCCGGCGCUGCUCAACUGCAAAAUGCACUUUGACGGCAAGAGGUGUCGCCUGCUGCUCAAUUCCGUUCACGAGGACGACAGCGGAACGUACACCUGCAAGCUGAGCACCGCCAAAGAGGAGUUGACCUCCAGCGCAAACCUGAGCGUCGCCCCAUCCAAGGAGCCUCUGUUCACCCGCAAGCUGGACAUCCUGGAGGUCAUCGAAGGUCGCACCGCCCGCUUUGACUGUAAGGUGAGCGGGUCACCUGCUCCCCGAGUCACGUGGAUGCAUUUCGAGACGAGAGUGGAGGAGAGCGAUAACGUCCGCAUGCUUCGAGAGGGGGGUCGUCACUCGCUCGUCAUCGCCGGCGUCAGCGGCGACACGGAAGGCUUCUACACCGCGGUCGCUCAGAACACUCACGGAAAGUCGGAAUGCACCGCCGAGCUCUACAUGCAAGAGCCUCGAUCCGCCGUCUCUUCUCACAUGGCCAAGUUGGAGAAGAUGCCAUCCAUACCCGAGGAGCCCGAAGUGCUGGAGAGCGAUGUGGAGAAGAGGACCAUGCCGGACUUUGUCAAGCCUCUGGCGGACGUGGAGGUGAUCGACGGCAAGGAGGCGCUGCUGGACUGCAAAGUGGUGGGCCUGCCCUACCCGACCAUCGCCUGGUUCCACAACGGCAAGCGCAUCGAGAGCAGCGAGGAGCGCAGGAUGACCCAGCACAGGGAUGUCCACAGCAUGGCCAUUCGGUGCGCCUGUCACGCCCACGGGGGCGUCUACAAGGCCGUCAUCUCCAACAAACUGGGCAAAGCGGCCUGCUAUGCACAUCUAUACGUCACAGAUGUCGUUCCUGACCCCCCUGACGGACCUCCAGUGAUCGAGGCCAUCACGGGGAAAACGAUAAGCCUCAGCUGGAGGCGACCGAAGAGGCUCGACUCUUCGUUCGAUGCCGACUCCUUGCUGUACGUGGUCCAGCAGCAGCCUCUGGGCUCCAUCCAGUGGUCUGUCGUGGCGUCUAACCUGAACGAGACCAACUACGUUGCCACCUCCUUGUCCAAAGGAGUCCGCUACGCCUUCAGAAUCCUGACGUCCACCGGGAAGACCCUGAGCAAGCCCUCCCCCUCUACUGACCUGGUCCAGCUGCUGGACAGAGGACCCUAUUUAAGGAAAGCACCGGUCAUUCUGGACAAACCUGACAUCGUGUACGUCGUAGAGAACCAACCUGCGAGCAUCACCAUCACGCUGAACCACGUGCAUGCAGUCGUCACCUGGAAGAGGAGGGGGGCGGUGUUGGUCAACCGACCGGGGGUGUACGAGAUGAGCAUGCCGGACGACGAUCAGCACACCCUGAAGCUCCAGAGGGUCCGGAGCUCGGACAUCGGUCAGCUUGUGGUCACGGCCAGCAACCAGUUUGGCAGCGACCUCUGCACGCCUCAGCUGGCGAUGGCGGGACCUCCCAAGUUCGAAACCAUCAUGGAGGACGUGGACGUGCGCGUUGGGGAGACGUCCCGUCUGGCUGUGGUGGUUGAAGGGAACCCAGACCCAGAUAUCCUGUGGGAAAAGGACGACGUGCGUCUCUCCGAGAGCAACCACUUCACGUUCGUGUACGACGACCCCGAGUAUUCCCUGGUCGUCCUCAACGCCCGGCCCGAACACUCCGGCGUGUACACCUGCACCGCCAAGAACCUGGCCGGCUCCAACUCCUGCAAAGCGGAAGUCACCGUUCACACAGAGCGAAAGGAAGCAGCAGAGCCAAUGGAGGACGAAGGAACCAUUCUGAGGAAGAUGAGGCGUUUGACGGAUUACUACGAUAUCCACAAAGAGUUGGGGAGGGGGGCCUUCUCCUACGUGAAGAGGGUGAUUCAGCAACAGGGAAAGGCCGAGUUCGCCGCCAAGUUCAUUUCCGCGGGAGGGAGGAGGAAGGCCGCGGCCCUCGGAGAGAUGCGCCUGCUGUCCGAGCUGGACAACGAGAGGAUCCUCUACUUCCACGACGCCUUCGAGAAGAAGCGCGCGCUGGUGCUCAUCACGGAGCUAUGUCACGAGGAGUUGCUGGAAAGAAUGGCCAAGAAAACCACGGUGAAGGAGCUGGAGAUCCGCUGGAGCGUUCAGCAGCUCCUGGAAGGCCUUCGUUACCUUCACCAGAAGAACAUCGCCCACCUCGACGUGAAGCCGGAAAACAUUUUGAUGGCGAGUCCCGGGAGCGACCUGAUCCGCAUCUGCGACUUCGGGAACGCCGUGAAGCUGGAGGCCCACGAGGAGCACUACUGCAAAUACGGCACGCCGGAAUACGUGGCGCCGGAGAUCGUCAACCAAACUCCCGUCUCCGCGGCAACAGACAUAUGGCCCGCCGGUGUCAUCACGUACCUCUGCCUGACUGGCGUGUCUCCUUUUGCUGGCGAGAACGACAAGGCGACCGCCUUGAACAUCCGUAGCUACAACGUGGCGUUCGAGGAGAGCAUGUUCGCCGACCUCUGCAAAGAGGCCAAGGGAUUCGUCAUCAAGCUUUUGGUGGCGGACCGACUGAGGCCCAGUGCCAUCGAGUGCCUUCGUCAUCCUUGGUUCAAGUCGCCAACGAACAAGAGCAUCAGCACAGCGAUGCUGAAGCAAGUCUUGUCUCGAAGGCGAUGGCAGCGUUCCCUUAUCAGCUACAAAUCCAAGAUGGUGAUGCGUUCGAUCCCAGAGCUUUUAAAUGAGUCAUCUAAACACGUCUCCAUUGCUGUGGCCCGGCAUUUAAAAGAAGGCUCCCCGCCGCCCUCCUCUUCCUCCGACUCCGACGCGGACGUCGAUGAGCUUCCCUUCAUUCCUAUGCCGCUGUCCAUGGUCUUCUCCGGGUCCAGGGUCUCCCUCAACGAGAUCCCGGGGGACGAAGACGUCGCCGAUGGGGCAACGAGGAAACAGGACAACGCGGAGACGGCCGGUACGAGAGGAGGGGCUAGUAGAGGCGUGAAGGAGGAGGAGGAGGAAACCCCAGUUGAGGAGAAGAUGGAAAAGACGAAACAAGCUCCCCUUCAAAAAGGAUCAAGUGUGGAGGCGGACGAGAGUCAGACGAAAGCCAGGAGGGCUACGAUGAGGAGAGGCAGCUCUGCUGAUUCAGCCCUGCUUCUCCACAUUGACCCAGAAGAGGAAAACGCAAAGAAGGAUUCAGAAGAAAGUAACCAGAGCCUGAAAAAGGCUGUUUCCAUGGAACUACCCAAUCGCAGCCCGAGCCCCGGGGUGGCGAAGCUGAGCCAGGAGGAUUAUGCACUCAAGCUGGAGCUGAUGAGACAGCGGUUGCUCAGGGGAGGAAGCGUGGACAAAAAGAUGAGCGGCCUGCGAGGGCCUUUGUUUGAAACGCUGGGCAUGGACGACGAGAGGCGCACCGGGUCUCUGGAUCGUAACUUGAGGAGGUCGAGGGCGCCGGGGCCGGCGGCGCUCGUCAGAGCAGCGUCUUCAGAGAACCCCGGAGGGGACGUGCCAAAGAUCAAGGUUUUACUUAAAAGCACCUCCUUCACGCAGGGGGAUUCUGAGCCCAUGCCCUUGCACCGCCGGUUCGGGGCCCCCUUAGAGAUCCCGUCGGUGGGCAACGGUAGCAUGGAAGGGAAAAAGCUCCAGGAGGCCACCUCGAUGUCCGCAACCACGGAGCAGAGACCGGAGUCCCCGUCUGCCUCCCCGACCAAGAAGACCUCCUUUAUACUCCCGACUACACCAGGAAGGUUGGACCAACAGCAAAAACGCAACAAUGUGAAAGAGCGUGACGACAUGCAAAGUAUGAAUGAGAAGAACAGGGAUGGGAUGGCAAAGAAACGGACCAAAACCCAGUUAGAGAAGCCGGAUGAAGUGGAAUCUGAGUCCAGAUCGCCCUCCGUCAUUACUCCUAUAAUUGUAAUAGAGGAGGACGACGACGACGACGAUGAUGAUGAAAAGAAAGAAAAUCAAGAGUUGCAUAUUAAUGAAAAGGAUAUGAAAGUAGAUAAAACGCAAAACAGUAAACCCUCGUCUGCAUAUGCGAGUGUCAUCCAAGCCGUCGCAGCCACAGCGAGUGGCACGAGGUCCAGCGAGAGCCCCACGUUCCCGGAGCAUCCGGCAGUAUUCGCCAAGGUAGCGACGGCCGAACGGUCUCCUGGUUCAGUUUCCACCUCGCCAAACCCCGAUCCGGCUGCCGGGCCCCGCCAGCCCGUGCUCAGGACGGACAUCAAAGACAUCGACUCGGAGGAGGUCUUUGAAGCUAGGUUCAGGAAGCGGGAGUCGUCUUUGACCCGUGGCCUCCGAAAACUGACCAGGAACAAAUCGGAGGAGAAAUCCCCCGUGCUGAACCGGAAGGAGGGGGGAGGAGAGAGGGGCGAGGGGGGCGAGGAGGUUUACAGGCCGGGCCCGAGGGGGGCUCCUCUUGAAAUGGUGUCCAAAGGACUGCAGGAGAAAUCCAAGUCCGUCCAGGAUUUAAGAGAAGGAGAGACGGAGACGGGCCUCGGCCUGAUCGGGAGGUUCUCCUUGCGGGGCAAGAGGUCGCCGUCCGCGGAAAAGCAGGGCGAGAAACCGAAAGAGGAGAAGCAUCGGGAUGCGCCGAAGGCCGCCGCGAACAAGAGGGUUUCGUGGGCGAUCGGUCGCAGCAGGUCCCUGGACACAAAGGAGCCGAGCAGCGCGGGGGCGCCGAGGCAACCGGAUGAGAGGAAAGAUGACGAAUCGUCGGUUUCCGCCAUGAGGCGCAAGUUUGAGUCCAAGGUGGCGGGCAUCUCCGCCAAAAUAAGGAGCCAGUCAGAGGAGAGGAAGGACCGGGACGCCGGGGGGAGUCAGAAGGAGCUGGUGCAGAGGGAUUUGAAGAAGGUCACCGAUUCCCCCGUUCUGGCCAUGCGACACAAGUUUGAGAACAAAGUGGCGGGCAUCACCUCGAAGAUCCGCAGUCAGUCCGAGGAGAGAAAAGAUGCCGAGGAGGGCAAGCGGGCGCCUCUGUUCACCCGCCAUCGUCAUUCCCAAUCAGAGGGGCGGGGCCUCAAAGGGAUGGGCAUCCCCGAGAAUCAGCUCGCCAAACAGACCAGCGCCGCCGCGUCCAAGGAAUCCAUCGAGUCCGCCUCCAGCGUCCAUUCCGAAAAGGCCUCGGAGACGGACCGGCGAUCCCGGUGGGACAGGUGGGGUUUGACGAGGGCCAAGAAGGACAAAACCCCUUCGCAGUCCGAGCUGCCUGCACCCCCCAAAGAGGAGGAGGGUCCGUCGAGGUUCAUCCGCUCGGCUUCGGACUUUGCCCCCGUGUUCCACAUCAAACUGAAGGACCACGUCCUGCUGGAGGGGGAGCCGGUCACCCUGAGCUGCCUCCCAGCUGGCAGCCCACACCCGGACAUCUCGUGGGCGAUGGACCGGAGACCUCUGCAGGUGGACGAGCGGCUCGACCUGAUGUCUCAUCCGGACGGCCGGCAGCUUCUCAUGAUCAUGAAGUCCAGCCGGAGGGACGCGGGAGUUUACGAAUGCGUAGCGACCAACCCCAUAGCGACCAUCACCACCUCCUGCACCCUGACCAUAGCGUGUGUCCCCAAACGGCCCGGGACCCCCGAAGUCCCCCAGACUUACAACAACACGGCCCUGGUGCUCUGGAAGCCAGCGGACACCAAGUCUCCGUGCAGCUACACCCUGGAAAGAAAAACCGAAGGUGAUUCUAACUGGCUGACGGUAGCCACUGGAGUCGUGGACUGCUACUACAAUGUCACAGACCUGCCACCAGGGGGCACUUUUAAGUUCCGAGUCGCCUGCAUCAACAAGGCCGGACAGGGACCGCACAGCAACGGCUCCGCUCCAGUCAGCCUGGACUCCACAGCCGGAGGAGCUCCACCCGCCAUGGCCGUCGUUAAGACGGUGCCAUCUCCACCCGAACCAGUCGUGCCCUCCUUAAAGCCGGUCCAGAACCAGGCUCCCAGGACGGCUCCGCCCUCUCUGUCAAAUCCCCAACGGCCAUCUGCCGAAGACGCUCCAAAGAUGAGCCCCUCUCAUCCCUCUUCGCCCGCAGCGAAAGCACCUCCGCCCUUCGUCCUCCCCAAACCCCAGAGUCCGGUGAACGUGGUGUCUCCUAUGACCCAGAACCCACCGAUGCCCCCGCCCCCUCCUCUUGUAAGCCCGCCGCCGUUCAAACCGUCGGUGGCCUCCGUGCCCACGUACGUCCCCACCACGACCCCCGUCUCCUUUUGCCCGCAAGUGCUCCAGACCGCCAGCCUGAGCCCCAUUGGUGACGGGGUCAGUACCCCCAGCAGAGGCACCCCAUCAGGACGCACCACGCCCGCCACUGCUCUGCGCCAGGGGGUUCCACAGAAGCCGUACACGUUCCUGGAUGAGAAAGCCAGGGGUCGUUUUGGAGUCGUCCGAGAGUGCCGCGAGAACACGACGGGCAAAAUCUACAUGGCGAAGAUCAUCUCCUACAACCAGGCGAACAAGCAGGAAGUCCUGAAGGAGUACGAGAUCCUGAAGACCCUUCACAAUGAGAAGGUCAUGGCUCUGCACGAGGCCUACGUCACGCCGCACUACUUGGUGCUGGUGGCGGAGUACUGCACCGGCAAAGAGCUGCUGUACAGCCUCAUCGACAGGUUCCGCUACUCCGAGGACGACGUGGCGGGCUACCUGGUCCAGAUCCUUCAGGGGGUCGAGUACCUCCACAACCGGCGCGUCCUCCACCUGGACCUCAAGCCCGACAACAUCAUGGUGACCAACCUCAACGCCAUCAAGAUCGUGGACUUCGGAAGCGCUCAGAGCUUCAAUCCCCUCGGCCUCAAACGCUCGGACCCGGGCGCGGGAACACUGGAGUACAUGGCUCCUGAGAUGGUGAAAGGUGACGCGGUCGGUCCUCCGGCGGAUAUUUGGACUGUUGGCGCCGUCGCCUUCGUCAUGCUCAGCGGUCGACUGCCCUUCGAAGAUCAAGACCCUCUGCAGGUCGAAUCCAAAAUCCUGACGGCCAAGUUCGACCCGACCAAACUUUACCCGAACGUGUCCCAGAGCGCCGCCGCCGUUCUCAAGAAGAUGCUGAGCAGCUACCCGUGGGCCCGUCCGACCACACGAGACUGCUUCACGCAGGCCUGGCUGCAGGACUCCUACCUGAUGAAGCUGAGGAGGCAGACUCUCACCUUCACCUCCGGCCGACUCAAAGAGUUCCUGGUGGAGCACCAGAGCCGACGCACGGCCGACGCCACCGAGCACAAGGUGCUGCUGCGCACCUACCAGAGCUCCACGGCGUCCGGCCCAAAGUGAGAUGACGGGGGGGGGGGGGGAGAUGG